CUUUAACUCCUCUUAGAUUAUUUAUUAUAUUUAUCCCCCCAUUUAUCCAACACAUAACACAUUCAAUCGAUAAUUAGGACCUCUUUCCUCUCCUCGCCAUGAUCCCAUUCCCAAGUGGCAAUCCCAAAUCCAUUUCUCGAGCCCUAUAAAGCCGCCAACAAAAAAACCACCGCCAUGCCUCGUCCCGCCCUACUCUCGUCCCUCCUCCUCAUCCUCCUCCUUCUCGUUAUCCUUCCUCCUCUUCUCACCCUAUUCCACCCUUACAGACGCCCACAGUGACCACCCAUCACUCAAUAAGAAUCACUCAAAUACUCCAUCUGAAAUAUCUCUCCUCAUGGCUGGCUUUGCAUCUCCGCUCUAUGACCUGGAUCCUCGCACUGGCUUCAUGCCUCCAGAACCACCUCUCCUCCGUCUACCCCAUCCUUACGGACCAUGGGAGGUUCUGCUUGACGAUGCCAAACGUCAUUUUGUCAAUCCCGGUCCUUCGGGGCUCGCCACCGCCACAGAGAAGCAGUACACCGCCAAGUGGAGGAAACGAGUAAUCACCAUGCCAGUACUCGAUUGCACCGAAAUGGGACAAGACGUUCGUAAAGUCCGACGGGCCCACCACGUCCUCGCCUACCUCGCUCAAUUCUACAUCCACUCUAUGCCUCCACGCGCCGCACACCUCACCAAAGACGACCCGAUCGUCAUCCCAUCCCCCAUCGCCAUUCCACUCAUCUCAGUCUCGCGUACACUUGGCAUUGCACCCAUCGUCACUUAUGCGGACACAGUCCUAUGGAACUGGGCCCUGAAAGACCCUUCCUUGCCCCUUUCGCGUACGAACAUGACCAUUCCAGAUUUGUUCACCGGAUCGAAACAGGAAGAACAUUUCUUUCUUACGUCUGCUAAGAUUGAAGUCAGAGGCUGGGAAGCUCUUGACGCGAUCGAUUUGUGUGUUCAGGAGGCAAAGAUGGAAGAACCUGAUGUGGAAAGUGUCACGAGAGAUCUGAUCAGGCUUUCUGGGGCUUUGGAUGACAUCACAGCCAUACUUCUCGCGGUGAGAGACGGUCUGGACCCGGAUUUCUUCUAUAACAAGUUCAGGCCGUGGAUCCAAGGUGCCGACCAAGGCGAGGAUUCCCCUAGCUGGCACUACGAGGGAGUUGACGGCUUCGGCUUGACUCUCCAGCCUUCGGGCCCCUCUGCGGGUCAAAGCGCUCUCAUGCAUUCCUUCGAUGCAUUCUUGGAUGUACCUCACCCUCACUCUAAGAAAGGAUUGGGCGGAGGAUGUACCCGAUUCAACUCCGCUCUCGACCCGAAUAACAAGCAACUUGAACUUGUCGCAGAUACUCCUGCUAUGUGCCCUGUUACAGGUGUUAGUUCCGUCCUUCCUGAUGGUCACCCGCCCAUCAUCAUCCCACCCAUCACCCCCAACUCGCCAAAUACCCGUUCUACAACAACCUCGUCUUGGAAGAAGAUCCUCAUACUUCCGUCUCAUUUCCCCCCAACUCCGCCACUGACGCCACCCGUCUCAAAGCUUGCUCUUGAUAUAGACGCUCUCUCACUCGACGGAGAUGACGUCUCUCUCCUGCCCAACUCCUCAUCACCUGGUCAAAUCGAUACCUCAUUCAACGCCCGAAUGAGAAGUUACAUGACUGAAGCCCAUCAAAACUACCUCACUAUGCUCUCCGCCAACACGAUCCGUCCCUUUAUUCAAGCGAGAUCCUCCACCCAUCCUGAACUCGUUCAGGCCUACAGCGCAUGUGUCACCUCUUUGAAGAAAUGGCGUGAUGCUCAUAUCAGGAUCGUCACUCAAUUUGUGAUCGUUCCUGCUAGAGCUAAAGGAGGCGCCAACGAUCCGUGUGCUAAAGGGUACAGUCAGAGGGUUUGUUUUGGGUUUGAUUUUGACGAGAAAGGGAGGAUGAUUGAUUUGGAUGGAGUGGAAGGGAGGAAAGUUGAAAGGCUCCCUGUUAGGGGGACUGGUGGGACGUCGUUGAUCCCUUUGCUGAAGAGGUACAGGGAUAACACGCUUAGUAGGGUUAUCAAGUGGGUUGGAGGUGGGAAUGGGGACGGUAUUGCGGGACACGCUCCUUGA